AAAUUUAAAAAUAUGGUUCCCGGUAAAGUGCAUAUUUUGUUCUUAUGUGACCAGUUUAUUUAGCCAUGGUUUCAACAAUACAACUUUAUCAGUUAUGGUGAUAAGAGGUUUGAAGUGUUUGAAAUUAUUUAAAACAAUGACGAAUGAACUGUUAAACUGUGGAUUAAAUUCAAAUCGAAAACAAAACCAGAUAAAUCACUUUUGACUGGCGUAUUCAAAGAAUACUAUGCUUAGAACAAUUAAUUGUUUCCUGUAAAGCCUUUAAUCAUUAUGCAUUGUGAUUAAUUUAAUAGUUUUAAUUCGCUGUUUCAAAGUUUAAAAUGUCUUCAACUGAACCUAGCCCGCAGCACAUAUCUGCACUUAGGAAAUAUUUUGGACAUUCUACAUUUCGGUCCAUGCAAUGGGAAAUCAUAUAUUCAGUUUUAGAACAAAAAAGAGACGCAUGUGUGGUCAUGUCUACUGGUUAUGGAAAAAGUCUUUGUUAUCAGUAUCCGGCAGUUUAUAGCAAAGGCUUAACCAUAGUUGUUUCUCCGUUAAUAUCGCUAAUGAAGGAUCAAGUACUUUCUCUAGAGAUGGCCAAUAUAAAAGCAUGUUUGCUAGGCUCAGCUCAAACGUCUAAGGCAGACGCUUUAAAUAAUCUUUUUUCGGGAGAAGUUAGAGUGUUAUAUAUAACUCCAGAAUGGAUUGCCACGGAUUCAGCAAAAAAGAUUUUACAAGAUUUACAAACAAAAAUAAAAAUUGUUGUUGUGGCUAUUGAUGAAGCGCAUUGUGUCAGUCAGUGGGGUUUUGAUUUCAGAUCUUCUUAUAGGAAUUUAGGGAAAUUACGCAACAUACUACCCAAUGUCCCAAUCAUGGCAUUAACAGCCACUGCUACACCAAUUGUGCGUAAAGAUAUUUGCAAUUCAUUGAAUCUCAUAAAUCCAAAAUAUGUGUGUACGGGAUUUGACAGGAAAAAUUUAUACUUUGAGGUAUCAAAAAAAACAAGUAUAUUUGUUGACUUGAAUAAAUUUAUGAAAAAAAAUGGGUUAAAAAUGUUUUUUGAAGGUGCCACAAUUAUCUAUUGCCCUACAAAAAAACAGACCGAGGCAGUUGCACAAGAAUUAAAAUCUAACAGAAUAGAAUGUGAAGUUUAUCAUGCUGACAUUCCACUGAAUAAAAGAAAUACUGUUCAUGAAAAUUUUGUAAAAGAUAAAUUGCAAAUUGUUGUAGCUACAGUAGCUUUUGGAAUGGGAAUUGAUAAGCCAGAUGUAAGACGCGUUAUUCAUUAUGGAGCACCUAAAGAUAUUGAGUCAUAUUAUCAAGAAGUUGGUCGAGCAGGACGGGAUGGUUUGCCAGCCAUGUGUCAUAUAUUCUACAAUCAAGCUGACAUUGUGCUCAAUAGACAUAUAAUGCUUUCAAACCUCACAAAUGAUACAUACCGCUCACAUAAAGAAAAGAUGGCUAAGGUCAUCGAACAGUACAUGGAGACUAGAUUGUGUAGACGUCAACUAUUAUUAUCCUAUUUUGAGGAUGUCUCUUCGUCAACUAAAUCUGAUACUUCCAUCAUCAGAACAGACUGCUGUGAUAAUUGUACAAAUAACCAAAAGACUGACAAAUUGCAACCUGAUAAUAAUGUAGAUUUAACUGAAGAUAUACAAUUAGUCUUACAAUGUGCACAAGCACUAGGUGGUUAUUUUGGACUUGUGGCUAUAGUAAAUUUCAUUUGUGGUAAAAAGAAUGAUAAAUUGUCCAAAUAUACGACCCAUAAAUUGUACGGAAAAGGAGACUAUAACACAGAAACUUUUUGGAAAGCACUAGGUAAAUUGUGUUUGAGGGAAAGUUUACUACAACAAAAUCCUUGCCCUACAUUCAAGGAAGGCAACACAUUUUCUUUUCCAAUCAGUACUGUUGCAGUUUCAGACAAGGGAUACGAAUUCAUAAAAUAUGGAAAGAAAUCAGGUAUUCUAAUAGACCCAUCAUUGGAUGUUUUAAAAAUGUUCAAAUCUAAAUCAGCCAUUAAAUUGAAAGAUGUUUAUAAGGGUUGUGGUACCCUAGAUAUAAAAUUGAAGUAUCAUCGUGAAGAAAAAAUAACACAACUUACACCAAGUACACAAAAUAACAGUUCUCAACAACCAACUGAAAACACAGAAUUAGAAAACACAAUUUAUUCGACUUUGGUGAUGUAUAGAACCACAUUGGCUCAACAAUCAGACUGUAUGCCUUAUAUGAUUGCAAGUAAUAAAUUGUUAAUCAAUGUGGCAAAAUUAAAACCUAAAAAUGUAUCUGAAUUAAAAAAUGUUGAAGGGUUUACUGAAGCCAAAAUUGAUCGUUUUGGUCUAGCAAUAGUGGAUAAGGUGAUAGAAGUUUGUAAUAAAUAUCCUGUAGAAUCGAAGACUGAGAGUGUGAACCAAUGCGAAACUAAUAACUCAAAUUCCAGUGUAUGUGAUAACUUUUGGGAUGAAUGUGAUGACUCCAUCUUCAGUCAAAUAUGUGAUACAGAUGAAAUAAAAAAAUGUGGUGUUGAUGGAGAUGUAGAAAUAAAUGAAGUUUAUAGUAGUUCAAUUCCAAAAAACGAUGAUACCCCAACUAAAAGAAAAUAUUGCGAUACUGAAUCAAAUGGGAUGUGUCAAGAAACAAUAACAGAACUUAAUAAAACCAUGAUUAAAAAAUUAAAAAAUAACUCUCUGUUCAAAUUUUAAAAUGCAAUUGCAUAUAAAUCAUUAUUAUAAUAUAUUUUUUCAAAGACUAAUUAUUUUAUUUUCAUACCCAAAUUAUAAAUAAUUGUUUUCUCCGUAAACUGUUUAUCCAAAAGGCAACAUUUAUAAUAUUUGAUCUAAGAUUUAAUAGUUAAUAUAUGAUUUUACUCAAAAAGUGGCAAGUCAUUCAAUGAUAAUUCGGAUUAUGCUCCUAUCUUUAUUUAUUACAUUACUACGGUUUGUUUAAAUUAAAUUAAACCUGAUCAUAUUGUGAAUGUAUUAUAUCGCUAUUAUAGACUAGUAUUAUAGUAUUAUACUGUAA